GGGUGGGGGGGGGGUCCGGAUUGCACAAUGUACACCACGGGACUCGCUCCGUAUUACGCCGGCAACUUCAGCCUCUGGUCCGCGUACUGCUCCAACAGCUUUCUGGAAUCGGUCAAGAAGCCCUCGUUCUGCAUCGCGGACAUCCUGCACUUGGGCGACGGCGAGAGCUUCAGCGCCAGCGGCUCCGGCCAGACCCCCCUGCCCAGCCCGCCCGGGGGGGUCCUGGCGCACCUGACCCAGACCUCGGGCUCCCCACUGCGCCCCACGCCCGUGGCCCCCGAGCCUCCUCCACUGCCCCACGGCUACAGCCCGAGAGUCUCCUCGGCCUCUUCCUACCACCACCACCACCACCACCACCAGCAGCAGCAGCAGCACCAUCACCACCACCACCAGCAGCAGCACCAGCAGCACCAGCACAGAGCCCCCCCGGCCGUCUGCCCUCCCUCGUCGGCUCGCACCCACCUCUCCGCCGGCGGCUCUCUCCAGCAGUGCCCCCCCCCCACCAGCAAGGACCUGAAGUUUGGCAUCGACCGCAUUCUGUCGGCGGAUUUCGACUUCAAGAUCAAAGACUGCACCAGUUUGCGAGAUCUGACGUCUUUAAUGGGCACAAGCCGCCAGGCUGGAGUGCAUAUCUCGGUGCAGAGCUCAGCGAGUCAGUUCUUUGCGUCGCUGGACCCCGGCCUUGGUGAGAGUCCUUCAAUUCUCAACCCGCUUACCGGCUCCAGAUCCUCAGCCCAGCACCACUAUCAGGACACUUUCCCAGCAGGACCUUACGCCGUCCUAACCAAAGACACGAUGCCCCAGACCUACAAACGCAAGCGGUCCUGGUCCAGAGCCGUGUUCUCCAACCUCCAGAGGAAAGGGCUCGAGAAGCGGUUUGAGAUCCAGAAAUACGUGACCAAACCCGACAGGAAACAACUCGCGGCGAUGCUGGGACUGACCGACGCUCAGGUGAAAGUCUGGUUUCAGAACAGACGGAUGAAGUGGAGACACUCCAAAGAAGCUCAGGCCCAGAAAGAGAAGGAAAAGGAGCCUCUGGAGAAGCCGAGCCCCCAGGAGGGCGAGCGAGGGGCGAGGGACACGACCCCCCUCCCCCGCAGCGACAGCGACGGGACCGACUCCGAAUCCACUGACAUUAACGACGCGAAAGAACUCGAGUCGCACGACGGCGGCGGCGACAGUGCCCUCAGGUCCGGUCUCACCCCCUCCAGCACCGGGGAGUCCCAUCAAAGCGACUCACCGGCUCACAGUGCCCCCGCCUCACCGGCUCAGACUGUGCUAUUAAAAUAAUAAUGCUUUUUUUUUAACCCCCC